GACCGCCCCAGAAACGCGCUCUCUCUCUCUCUUUUCCGUCGCCCGGCCCCAUAAGAUGCCUUCACUCGCAGCUCUCCAAGCCGAAUUGGCCGAGGCGCAGGAGAAUCUCGACACAUGCAUUGAAACGAUCAAGCUGGGCAUGGAAGAUGAGGAGACUGUCGCAAUGAAAGAUCAGUUCGCGGAGGAGGUAGCAUCUCUCAAGACACAAAUCGCAGCAAAGAAGGCGACAGCAGCGGAUGUUCCACCUCCCCCACCACCUCCUUCUAGUGACAACGCACUCGAGCACUCCGCAGCGCAUGAAACAACAGACACGACCCGCGCAGAUUUCAAAGUCGGCGAUCACGUUCAGGCGAAAUACUCUGCAGACAAGCAGUGGUAUCCUGCGACCGUUGUCAGCAAAACAGGUAGCUCUGCAGACCCCGUCUACACCGUGAGCUUCACCGGCUACAACGAGAAGGAGAACAAGCGAAAAUUCGAGGUCCGCCCAGCCGACAAGAAGCGCAAAGCAGAGGCUCCACCUGACGUUCCAGUCCCGCCGAAGCCCUCCUCGCCAGUUCGCAACGGGAAUGUGAUCUCAGCUGCGGCCUCGAUAGAUGCAUCGCUGGUACAAAAGAAGGAGCCGAGUAAAGUCAGCGAUGGUCCGACGAGGAUGGCUCCCGCGCCGAAGAAGCUGAAGGGUAACAAGCAAUUGGAAAAAAGCAAGAGUUCGUGGAAAGACUGGCAAUCGGCUGGUCCGAAGAAGAGCGCGGGAGCUGCUGCUCUGAAAAAGAUGGGCAAGGAGAGUCAAUUCCGGACUCCUGAUCUUCCCAAUGCGAAGGUCGGUUUCACAGGCUCCGGAAAGCCGAUGUCAAAGGACG